AAGGAAAUGAGUAUAGAAAAUAACUCUUCAGUGAUGGAAUUUAUUCUCAUGGGAUUGACAGACCAGCCUGAGCUACAGCUUCCCCUCUUUUUCUUAUUCUUGGUGAAUAAUAUGGUCGCUGUUGUGGGAAAUUUGAGCUUAAUUAACCUAAUUUUCCUGAACUCGCACCUGCACAUACCCAUGUACUUUUUUCUCUUCAAUUUGUCCUUCAUUGAUUUAUGUUACUCAUUUGUCUGUACCCCCAAAAUGCUGAUGGGCUUCGUUUCAGAGAGAAACAUCAUCUCAUUUUCAGGGUGUAUGACUCAGCUGUUCUUCUUCUGCUUUUUUGUCAACUUUGAGUGCUACGUGCUGACAGCUAUGGCCUAUGAUCGCUAUGUGGCCAUCUGUCAGCCCCUGAAGUACACGGCCAUCAUGUCCCCUAGAACCUGUUCUCUGCUGAUGUUUGGCUCAUACUCGAUGGGGUUUGCUGGUGCCAUGCUCCACACAGGAUGUAUGAUCAGGCUUAUCUUUUGUGAUUCCAACAUCAUCAACCACUACAUGUGCGACAUCCUCCCCCUGCUCCAGCUCUCCUGCAGCAGCACCUAUGUCAAUGAGCUUCUGAGUUCUGUUGUUGUGGGCACAAUAAUCAUUGUGUCUAGCCUCAUUAUCUUCAUCUCGUAUGCUUUGAUUCUCUUUAAUAUCAUUCAUUUAUCAUCCACUAGGGCUUCAUCCAAAGCCAUCAGUACCUGUGGUUCUCACAUAAUAACUGUUGGCCUGUUCUAUGGAUCUGGGAUACUUACUUAUAUCAAGCCAUCAUCUGCUAGCUCAGUGGGCCAGGGAAAGUUUUUCUCAGUGUUUUAUACACUUGUGGUGCCCAUGCUGAACCCUCUCAUUUAUAGCCUCAGGAAUAAAGAUGUCAAACUUGCUCUGAAGAGAAUUCUAAAGAGAAACACAAACUGA